AUGUCUCAAGUCUUCAAGCGCGGUCUUUCCACCCUCAUUCCUCCCAAGAUUGCCUCCAGUGCCAACAUUGGUGCUGCCCCCAACGCUAAGAGAAUGGUUAACGUUGUUAACUUUUACAAGGCUCUUCCCCGUGGUGAGGCUCCUGCUCCCCAGAAGUCCUCUGGCAUCAUUGGCUGGUACAAGGCCAAGUACUUCGACAAGGGCUCUUCUGCUCCCCUUCUCCACCUCAUCAUUGCUGGAUUCCUCUUCGGCUAUGCCAAUGAUUACCACUUCCACCUUUCCCACGAGCACGAGCACUAA